AUGUCCCAAGAGUAUGAAUUAUUCAAAAGAUGGAGUUCAGGCCAACCAUGGUUUAUUUUAAUUAAGUUAUGGAUUUAUAAUAGUUUUGUAUCCUUUUUGGGGCCCGAGCUACUAUUAACGUUAAAUUCAAGACAUAUUUUUAACACUAGGGUUGAGAACCAGGAUGUGGCUUCUCCGAUUGUUUCUCGUACUUUACAAGAAGUUAGAAUGAUGGAAUUAACAAUCUUAAAAAAGAAUAUUUCUAAUCAAAAGAGAAAACUUAAUGUAAUCAGAGAUAAUUUACAACAAUUGCGAAAUGAAUUUUCCGUUCAGGAGAAGGUCCAGAUCAAUAAAAGAAAAAUUGUAAAAAUUUCAGAUUAUUCUUUAGAAGAUAUAUUUAUGGAAGAUGAUAGUUUUUGUUCUUCAGCAACAGGAUAUUUUUCAACAAUCUCUGCUUGCGAUAAAAUUACCACUAAUGGUAAUGACUUGUUAGGAAAUAAAGUUUCUGAUAACAUUGGUUUAAAUCUUAAGAUAAUCCAAAAAUAA